UUGUGUCCUUGCUCGUUUUACGCUGCUACAUUUGCCACUUUACGCAACUUUCUCUGACAAAUUCUCUCCAUUUGCCACCUGUUACACCAGCAGAUCCAAAACCCACACCCUUCUGUCUCUCUCUAUCUCACCAUUUCGACCACAUUUUCUUCCUUUCUCUCGAAGUGUUGUCAGAAAUGGCAUCGCCGAUUGGCUCUACGUCAGCCUUUUUUAUAUUCUUGCACUCUUUAAUAAUGUGGCUACGCUUCGUCUAUGGUUCUGUUCACCAGUACAAUGCAGACACAUUCAUUAGCAAGGGAAAUGCUUUUUUGGUGCAUGGUGGUAGUGAGGGGCUGUACUCCUCGUCUCCUACCCAGAACGACUCUGCCACUGCCGGUGCCUCCUUUAUACAAUUUGAAAAUAUUACAUUCCGGAAGCCCAAGGAAGCUCCUAAGUCCAGCUCCGAGUUAGUUCAAGCCAUUGUUUUUGAAGUUGAAGAUCGAGAAGCAAUUGGUGGCUCAGCAUAUGGGGGCCAAAGAGCAGUUUGCUGCACUGCAGAUCUUGCAAAACUAGGGGUCUGUAAGCAAGGGGAAGUGAUUCACCGUCCAUCCUCCAAAAACCCAGAUUGGCCUCGAGUUUUUGGUGUUUCAUUCAAUAGGGAUGAUGAACUUGUUGCCAAGUUACCUGUGAAAACUAUACAAAUUACAAGAACAGGGAUGUAUAAUCUGUAUUUUAUCCACUGCGAUCCAAAUCUCGAGGGCUUGAUCAUAGAGGGGAAAACCAUAUGGAAGAAUCCUACUGGAUAUUUACCUGGAAGGAUGGCUCCACUUAUGAAGUUCUAUCUGUUCAUGUCUCUUGCUUUUGUGUUACUUGGAUUCUUCUGGUUUUCUCAGUACUCGAGAUUCUGGAGAGAAGUUCUUCCAUUGCAAAAUUGCAUUACUCUAGUCAUUGCCUUGGGAAUGUUUGAAAUGACACUAUGGUACUUUGACUAUGCUGGGUUCAAUGACACAGGGAUUAGAAAAACUAGAAUUACUGUAUGGGCAGUCACCUUUGGCACCAUUAAACAGACAGUUGCACGUCUCAUCAUCCUAAUGGUUUCUAUGGGCUAUGGUGUUGUGAGGCCAACAUUGGGUGGUCUGACAUCAAAGGUGAUUUUACUUGGGGGUACAUUUUUCAUGGCUUCUGAGGUGCUUGAAAUUGUGGAGAACGUCGGGGCCAUCAAUGAUAUUUCACGAAAGGGAAGAUUGUUCGCGGUGUUUCCUGUUGCAUUCUUAGAUGCCUUCUUCAUUAUUUGGACAUUUACUUCCCUAUCUAAAACACUAAAUAAACUUCAGGCAAGAAGGAUGGCAGCAAAAUUAGACAUUUACAGAAAAUUUACAAAUGCAUUGGCUGUUGCUGUUAUUUUCUCUGUGGGUUGGAUCUGCUAUGAGGUUUACUUCAAAUCAACUGACGUCUACAAUGAAAAGUGGGAAGAAGCUUGGAUUAUCCCUGCAUUCUGGCAAGUUCUAUCAUUCUCUCUCCUUUGUCUUAUAAGUGCUCUUUGGGCUCCCUCCCAGAACUCUAUGCGGAUGACAGGCACAAUGUAACCUCAAAGGACAGCUGAAAUAGCUUAGGACACCAUGAAAAGUCUCCAGACACACAACUCCAGAUCAGAUUAACAGGAAUUAAUUAUACCCUUUUGUGGAUAACAUGAUCAAUAGGUUAAGGAAAUGAAAUACUAUUUGUCAUACAAAACCUGAUACGAAGAUCUUCAAACCGCAUGGACAAUAACAUAAACAUGGCAUGGGAAAGUGACCCUGUAAUUGACAGCAACAAGGAAUGUUGGCAAUAAAAUAGUUCGCUUUUUUUGGAC